AUGAGUCUUGAUUCUAGAGAGGUUUUUUUGAAAUAAUAAUUCAAUUAUAGAAUUUACACCUUUUUUCACAGGAUGAACGCUGCAAACACAUGAACAGGGUGCCCAAGUUAGAGAGCAAUUUUAUACUUCAACUGAGAGCAGUAAGAUAAAAAUUAACGAACAUCAUAAUUUGAAAUUUGUUAGGUCGUUUGUUCGGAAUGCAACUGGCUUCACGAGAUAAUGUGUGCCGAUCCCGAUUGCAUAAGUGGCCACAAAGUUGUAUCUUUCUGUAAAGAAGAACGAGCCGUGGAUCAUUGGUUGGAAAGAUCAAAGGUGCAACCCUCAAAAAACUUCCAAAACAGUUAAAUUCUUUUACAGAAUCCACAUUGCGUUUUUUUCAAUUUUCGCACCUUGAAAAUGUUAUGCUACAAAUGUGGAGCUUCUUCUUCUUUUUAUUCAAAAGCUAAGCAAAAACCGGUAGGUUGAAUUUAUCGCUACAUCUUGAUUUUGUGUUGGUUUCAGAAAAGAAUUCGUGAAUUCAAUUCCAACUACGGUAUCAUUUUCGACAUUUUUCUUAUGAAUUUUAUUAUUUUAGGAAUUCGUGGCCUUGAAAACAUGGGCAACACUUGUUAUUUAAACGCCGCAAUUCAAGCUUUUUAUGGGUGUGAUGCUUUCCGAUCUUAUUUUUCCAAGGUGAAAUUAAACGUUUUGGUUUUUUUAAUCAGGAUUUCUAGAACCGCUUGGUGCCUUCAUCGUCUGGCAGAAAAGUUACUUUUGCUCUUGCUGAUACUUUCGAGGACAUAUCUUUUCGGGUGGAUCACUCAGUUGAGCCGCAUAAUCUUUUGAAAGUCAGUGAAAGCAAUGAAAAUUAAGGAAGCUGAAGCUUUUCAGGCAUUAAGAAGAGCUGCGCGUCAGUUCGACUCCAUCCAACAACAAGACGCGCAAGAGUUCAUCCGAGCCCUUCUCGAUAUAAUCAACCGGUUCGUUAUUAAUUCAAACCAAGCAAUUUUGGUAUUUCUUCUAAACUACUAUUUGCAGGGAAAUGAAAAUUCAUCGUUACAUGAAGAGUGAAGUUUUCCAGCCAAAUUCGGUGUCUCAAGAAAAGUUCGUUAAAAAUUGAUUUGAUUUUCUGAAAAUAAUUUUUUUAGAGACUUUCAAGUUGAAAACACCUCGGAACAUCCAGAGCCCGUACUUUUGCCGGAAGGUGAGACUUCCAAAUGUUGUUUUAUUAUCAAUUUAUUUUUAUAGUAAACGAAAUUCCAAUCGCCAGCCGAUCUGUUGUAACAGACGUUUUCGAAGGAUCCAUGACAAAUCAAGUGCGAUGCUCAGACUGUGGCUCACUGUCCAAAGUGAAGGAAUCAUUCCAGGCAUCUAUUUGCUCUAUUUGAGUUGAAUAUUAAUCGUUGAAGUUCAGGAUUUGUCCCUAUCCAUUCCAACAAGAGAAGACCUAACAAAAAUUUUGAAACCGUCCAGCAAACUCGUCAGUGAAAUGUGUGAUAGCGAAAAUCUUUCAUGAUUUUGUAGAUAGAAAAACUGGAACGUCUCCACAAUUACAUCUACACGAAACUGUCAAACAACGACGCGGAGAUGAAUGUUCCAGUUUCGCUUGAACAGUGCUUCGACCUCUUCUUCGCACCGGCUAGCUUAACUGGAGAGAAUCAAUACAAAUGCGAUAACUGCAAAAAGUUUUCCCGCAUUGUGUUUUCAAUAUCUCUUACUUUUUGUUUUAGACUGUGUGACGCAGUGAGAAGUUGUUUCGUGACUGAUCUUCCGAACGUUUUGGUGAUUCAUCUCAAGAGAUUCCGUCACGGCGCGCGGAACAACGCAAAAGUGCUUUCAGAGCAAAUGAAAUGUUUUAAUUUUAUCUUCAGAUGUCGACCCCAGUUCGGUUUCCUGUUUCAAAACUGGAUCUAUCUGCAUUUGUCUCUCCGCAACAAGAAUCCCUGUAUAAUCUUUGUGCGUUGAUAUCUCAUGACGGCCGCACAGCAGAAUCUGGUCACUACUUAGCUUAUAGAUACAUUGGAAAGCACCGCAGCUGGUUUGCGUUGGUUAUCAAAAAAAAAUCCUUUCCUAUUUUUUGAGGUUUGAAUUCGAUGAUGGAAAAGUGACGAAAAUCAGCAGUGAGAAGGUCAUGGAAAAGCAAGCAUACAUUUUAUUCUACCAGAAACAAAGACCAGAAGACUUGAAAGAAAUUUCUUCAUUUUUUUUGCAAAGAAAAAAAGAGGUACACGACUUAUUCUGAAGCUUUCUUCAAAAUUUGCUUCAGAAGUUGAGGGCUGAACAGAAAUGUUAUAUUUCUCGGGAAUGGAUGUCGCGGCUCCUUUCUAAUUCAAACAGCCCUGGACCGAUAACCAACUAUGAUCAUUUGUGUCCGCAUGGGUUUUAUCUUCCGAUUCUCCAAAUCCAUAAAUCUCCGCUGAUUCCGGUUUUUCUUUAAUGCGGAAAAAUAACUUAUUUCUUUUAUUCAGAUCAGCCUAUCUCUUUGGAACGAUCUACAUGAAAAGUAUCUAUCAAUUCAAUAUUUUUUUUCAUUAUAUCAAAAUCUCCAGGUUUGGUGGUGGUCCAGUCAUACAAAAGCUCGAGAGAUGCGAAUUGUGUGAAAUAACGUGGUCUCACUUUUUCCGACAGAAAACCAUCGAUCGAGAAGCUUAUGCAAGUUUUGUGCGCGAGGUUGAAAAAUGAAAAGAUUAUUUUCAAGUCCAAUCAGUUUUCAGCACAAGAACAUUACCAACCCAAAGAUGUUUUACGCAAGUUAUUUGCCACCUAACAUGAUGGACUAUAAAUGGUUCUGCUCUUUCAAGGAUUACAUCAACAACGAUUUUGCGGGUACUCUCAUUUUGAAAAUUGUACAAACUAUAAAAAAUUGUAUUUUUCAGCAAGGCCAGAUCAAUUUGACAACUGGUUCAUGUUGUCCGACACGGAAGUGCGACCGGUCCUGAGAGAAAAACUGACGAAUGUUUGCAAUAUCGACAGAGAGCAUUUUCUCUUUUUUGAGAAGCACUACGGGGGCGGUCCAGAGGUUUCUUUUUUGCGAAUGAUUCAUAGCGCUCUGAUCUCACUGCACGGCAAUUUCCUUUAGUAGUUGGAAAUUAAUUUUUACACGGGCCGUCGAUAGUCAUUCUUGUUGGAGCAACAUGUAUUCAUGCUCCGAACUUAUCCAAAAUGGCCGUUUGAGAAAAAAUCAACUGUUUUUCAAAAUCAAAUACUCUUAUGAACUUGAUUUCUUUAUCUUAACAAUUCCAGGUUUUCAAAACGACCGGAUCACAGCCUUCAAUGGACAAGGUUCUCAGUGCCGACAGAGCCAUUGCCAAUUUGAAGAAAGAAAUCGACGAAUGA